CGCUUUCUUCGGCCCCGGGCUAUGCCCACCUCUGCGGGGGCUCGGACCCGCACCAAAGCCCGGGAGGGCGUAAGCGAGCAGGCGUCCCAUGCUUCGGCAGUCCCAGGGCCGCGCCCGCAGCUGCUCCUGGGCUGUCGGGUGGGAAGGAGGGAGGCGCGGGCGCGAGAGGAGAAGCACGCGAUCCCUCCGCUGCCGUGGGGGCUCCACGGGGAAAUGGAGGGAGAAAUAAAGCGAGCAGUUGUGAACGUCCGUGGGGAGAAGUGGAGACCGAAAAGGCUGGGCGGCAGCAACCCAGAACCUGGUCUCCAAGGGGCUUCUACUCCGGGAGGGAGGCCGGGGCCGGAGGGGACCCCGACCGCUUCGUCUGCCCUUCUCGGCCCGGAAGCCGGCCGAGCCGGGCCCCGAGACCCUCGCCCACUGCCCGGUCCCGGAGUCAGGCCAGCCUCGGGCCGCCUCUCCCUAUCCUGGCACCCGGCACCCCACCCCAUUCCUCGGGCAUCAGCAGAGUCCCCCGGCGAGGCGACCACGCCCCAGCUGGGGAGGAGGAAGAAGGGGGGCGCAGGCCGGGGAGGGUCACCUCCGCGCCGCGGCUCCUCAGCUCCCAGGGAGUCGCCCGGACUGGCUUGCCGGUGGCCGUGGGAAUGAGCGUGUCCCGAGGCGGCAGCUGCUGCGGGGAAUAAACCCGGGAGAAGCCGCGAGACUGACUGAAGUCGGCCAGGAACACACGGCGCGGCGGAGCCGCGGGCGUCCAACCCCAUCCCUUCUCGGGCGAUGCCACGGGGAGCCCCCCGCGCCUUCCACAGCCCAGGGCGCCCGCCCGAGGGACUGGGGCUGGAAUCCCGCUGCGCCGGUGCCCUGGCUUCGCGGGCGAGGAGGAGGAGGAGCAGGAGGAGGAGCCGCGGGUGAGGCGCGGGGCCACCGCCCACCCGGCCCGGAGGAGGCGGACCCACUCGGAGCGCCGCGCGCGCGCCGGGGCUGAGCCUUGCAAACAAGUGUCUGUGCGGUGUCUCCGCGGCCCUCCUCUCGCCGGGGCCGCUUCCUCCGGGUAGGAGGGAGGAAGGGAGUCCUCGCCGCGCGGCCCGCGAGCCGCCCCCGCCCUCGACCCGGGCAUCCCCGCGCGGGGGCCCUGGACUCGAGUAGGCUGCCAGGCGCAGCGACACCGGGUCGCGGUGCUAGAGGCUCCUGACAGAAAAACGUGCGUGGUUGUCCCCACCCCUGGGAGGGGUUGCCGGUGCCGCGCGCGGCCGCCCAGUUGCCAGCGCUCUCUCCUGGGAGGAUCCGCCGCCGGAGGAAGGAGUGGACCCAACCUGGCCGCGGCGCAGAAGUGGCUCCCGAGGAAGCCGGCGCCGGCGCCGCCGCCUCGUGUCCCCUCGGGGCGCAGUGCUCGGGGGUCGGCGGGCCGGAGCCGAGGCGCAGCCGGGGAGCCCGGGGCUGCGGGGCCGAGCGGGCAGCCGCGCGAGGGGGCGGGCGCUCGGCGACCCGAGGUCCGGCUGGGUUGAGCCCCGCGCCCCGGGACGCGGGCUGGAAGCGACGGAGGAGCGCUGCCGCGGGCUGCGGACCAGCGCCGUCUCCCCACGGAGCGGGGCUUCUGCUAUGACAGUUGGGCUCCCCGGAGGGUUAACCUGGGUGUCCUCGGCAAAGUUGUCGCCGAGCCGGGAGCCCGUGUAGGGGCCGCGGCGCCGCGGCUCGGGGGGCGGCCGGGCGGCCGGCGGCGGUCGUGGCUCGGCGGGGCCCGCGCGGCCGGGGGGCUCCUGGGGGUGUGCGCCCCCAGCCGGCUGCCCUCGUGGAUGCCUCCCGGCGGCGGCGGGCCCAUGAAAGACUGCGAGUACAGCCAGAUCAGCACCCACAGCUCCUCCCCCAUGGAGUCGCCCCACAAGAAGAAGAAAAUCGCGGCCCGGAGGAAAUGGGAGGUGUUCCCGGGAAGAAACAAGUUCUUCUGCAACGGGAGGAUCAUGAUGGCCCGGCAGACGGGCGUCUUCUACCUGACGCUCGUCCUCAUCCUGGUCACUAGCGGACUCUUCUUCGCCUUCGACUGUCCAUACCUGGCAGUGAAAAUCACUCCUGCCAUCCCCGCAGUCGCCGGCAUCCUGUUCUUCUUUGUGAUGGGGACCCUGCUCCGCACCAGCUUCAGCGACCCGGGAGUCCUCCCACGAGCCACGCCUGAUGAAGCCGCCGAUCUGGAAAGGCAAAUAGAUAUCGCAAACGGCACCAGUUCAGGGGGGUACCGCCCGCCUCCCAGAACCAAAGAAGUCAUCAUCAAUGGCCAGACCGUGAAACUUAAAUACUGUUUCACCUGCAAGAUUUUCCGGCCCCCUCGCGCCUCCCAUUGCAGCCUUUGUGAUAACUGCGUAGAACGGUUUGAUCACCACUGUCCCUGGAUUAAAGGAUCCUGGUCAAAUAAAAGAGGUAAAGAAAAUUACAAUCCCUACAGCUACGGAAAUAUCUUUACCAAUUGCUGUGUUGCCCUGUGUGGGCCCAUCUCACCAAGCCUAAUUGACAGAAGAGGGUACAUCCAGCCCGACACGCCGCAGCCAGCAGCACCCUCCAGCGGUAUCACCAUGUACGGGGCCACGCAGUCACAGAGCGACAUGUGCGACCAAGACCAGUGCAUUCAGAGCACCAAAUUCGUUUUGCAGGCCGCGGCCACCCCCCUGCUGCAGAGCGAGCCCAGCCUCACCAGCGACGAGCUGCACCUACCCGGGAAGCCCGGCCUGGGCACGCCCUGUGCCAGCCUCACACUGGGCCCGCCCACGCCACCCGCCUCCAUGCCCAACCUGGCCGAGGCCACGCUCGCGGACGUGAUGCCCCGGAAAGAUGAGCACAUGGGCCACCAGUUCCUGACGCCCGAUGAGGCGCCCUCACCCCCUAGGCUGCUGGCGGCGGGCAGCCCCCUGGCGCACAGCCGCACCAUGCACGUGCUGGGCCUGGCCAGCCAGGACUCCCUGCACGAGGACUCUGUGCGUGGCCUGGUGAAGCUCAGCUCUGUGUGACCCGUGUGGCCCCGGGCUGGGAGGCACCAGAGGCUCCUCCACGGGCAGCAGGAGUGAGCGGAGGGGUGUGCUCCACAGCAACUCUCCCAGCCAAUGCCACGGUGGAGAUGACAGCCCCAGGUCCGGGGGACAGAGACCACUUAGAAUGGCACAGGGCGGCCGGCCCCGGAUGCUGAGAGCUUGGUUUCAUUUGAAUUUUCUUCCCCAACCUGAGUGCUUUGACACCAAUGGAAAUAGAGAAGUCGCUGCUUUCUUUUGGUGGUCCUGGGGACGGGGACCCUCCAGGGGUAGAAUCGGAGUGUGUCUGCCCGCCCUUGUGAUAGACACACAGAAGGCUUCUGACGCUUGUGGCCAGAUUGCAACUGCACUUACAUGUUAUGCUACUAAUAUUUGAAACAGACAUGCCAUUCCAUUUGUUAAUUAAAAAAAAAGAAAAAAAAAUCCUAAAGGGAAAAAACCGACCAGGUGUGGAUCUGCAUGCCACGCUGUCGUCUGUGUUACAGUGGUGUUGCUGUUUCCAAGAAAGUGCUGCUUUCUUUUUCUUUUUUUAAUUUUGUGAAUUUUUAAGUGCUGUUUUGUUGGAAGACAGUGCAACGAACCGAGACUAAUGGACAGUGUCCUCACUCAGCUUACUGGGCUGCGUGUGGCGUCUGUGGAAAGGUGGCACCAGGGCUGCAGAGGGCGGCUGGGGUUCCAUCGUGUCGGGGGUCAUUUCACUUUCUGUUUGGCCACUCUAUGAGGUCUCGUGUUGAGGUAUUGUGUGCGGCGCCCCCCACAGUCUUCACCUCCGUGUGUGAUGAAACUUCCUGUGGACAGCCAAUAAAAUGACGUCCUCUGUUAUUCUGGAUCUGCUUACGGUUAUCCUUAAUAGCAUAAAUGAAAACAAAAUCAUCCAGAUGGGGAGAGUUUUUUCUUGAAAUAUCCCUAGCGAGGAAUGGUCCCCAAACAACCGAAAGUCAAAUCUUUGAACUGGGAGAUAUUUAUAGAAUGAUUUCAUAGAUAAGAGGUGAGCUUUCCAUCAUUUGUUUUCUUUAAUUAUCUCUUUUUGACACCAUCUUAGUGGAAUUUGCUCUACGUUUGCAGUUUGCCGCGCAACAGUUGAUCGGAAGUAGGGAGGGGGAGGGGACGCUCAGGGAGAAGGGGUUCUGUCGGGCGCCUUCUGGGCUUCCUUCCGUGUUAAUGUGUCACUCAAUCCCAGAAGUGCAACUUGAGGUCCUAGUAAAGGUAUCAGAAAAUGAGGAGGAGAAAUCGGCUUACGGUUUGGGCUGAGAUCAUAUAGGUCAUCAUCCUUCCCUGGACACUAAUCAGAAUGAAAUUAAGAAAAUGACCACUUUGUUGACUUUCACUGAUCGCCUAGAAGGGAACUGGCUCUGUACUUAGGAAGUGUGUCACUAUGGAAGCAGCCGCAGGGGACACAGCAACUCCUCUCCUGACUUCUUUCCAGACCAUAAAUCUAACAGCUAAAGCUACUCAAGUUCAAAGCCAUGGCCCUGCUCCUUAUAACCGUAUGAAAGACAAGGCACAUUGACCAUUGAUACAAGUAACCCCAAAUGAUUUGCAUUUAUGGAAAAAGGCUGUUUCUCCUGAGAAAGAGUUGCCAUUCUAUAUAAAAGAAAAGAAGACAGGAAAAAGAAAAGCACACAAGUGUUAUUUGGAAUGAAGGCAAUUCACAGGGCACAAAAUAAUUCGUGUUGAAAAGGCCUGCAGAGUUCUUGCACUGUGAUAUCUUCGAGCCAUCUUUAUUUUCACACUGCAUGCACGUAUAGAAAAUGGAAUAGGUCCAUUCUGUGUAACCAUUUUUGAUUUUAUGAACCACCUAACUACUUGUACCCACCUGCAAUUUGUAAUUAGUGGGGCAGUGCCGUCCUUACACAACCACACCCGCACACAGGCACCAACUCACAAGGAUUCUCCUUGCCUACGCUACCUGUGAGGUUAAAGUGACAGCCCCACAAAGGAGCUUCCACAACUUCCCAAACCGUCUCUGCUCCUUGCCUCCUUCCAUCUGCUCCCCAGAGGCCCCAGGAAGGAGUUGGCCCUGAUGAGAAGGGUGUUCCAUGGGUGACCGUGAAUCCAGCUCAGCCCUCACUCUGGUCCCAUGUGGCCCAGUCCAUUCCCAACUCCUUCCCCUGGAAAGGAAAAUCAUGGUCUUCAGAGGCCUCCCGCUUCUAACAUUUCCUAAUUCGGUGGUUGCCACUCUCCUGUGACCAGCCCUUCUUCCCACCUAAUUAUGAAAAAAUCCCAGAAGCCAGGAUCACGACUCACUUGUCUUCACAUAGUGGAUAUUUACUUAAUAUUUAUUAUCAAUUUCCCCACCUCCAACCCUGUCCCUGGUACACACUUGGCAUCAUUUAUCCAAUAGGGGAUUGGGAAUUUUGGUGAAAUGAAUCAAGGCUAUUCAGGGUCAAGAGGGAGAUUAACUUGAAUGGGCCAAUUUGCUAGAUAAUUAAUGUCUUAAAAACCAAAACCAGAGAGAAGCCCACAGCCCUGUCCCCUGUGGCUUGAGAAAGAAACCCAGUGUCAGAGGACUGAGCGAUGAUGCCCCCAGGGGCGCCCACUUCUGUUGGGCAGGAGGGAUGGUCGGAGGGGCGGCUCACCUGGCGAGGUGAGGGCUCUGCAUUUCCUAUGAACCUAUAUGUGACAUGUACAUAAAUAUGUAUACACUUAUGUUUGUAAAUGUUGAAUGGUUCCUUCUAGCUGUGGCUGAAUAGAUGUUGGUGUUUCUAACUUCUUUCAGUGUGUUAGCAAUUGAUUACAUGCUACCAUAAAAAGUAAGGUAAAUAUUUUACCAUGCUAUUAAAGCUUGGACCAUUAUCAAACACACACAAACACACACUCAUUCUGCUGUUUAAAAAUUCAUCUGCGUUCAUUCUCCCAGGAGUGCCCCAGGGGGACCACAGGUUUCCUGGCACUUGAAGGCUGAACUGAGCGUGAGUGCCCUGGUCCCCAGGAAGCAGGGGGAUGCUGCAGGAAGGCGGCAGGCAGCCUGCAUCCGGGAGGGCACAGUGACCUGUCACUCCGUUCUGCAGAAAUUGGCCCAGCAAUUGCGUUAUGCCCAUUCAAAAGAUGCUUGUUCCAGCUUUCCAAGUGUGAUGAUUUCAGCCUGUGAGGACAAUGCCAUGUCCCGACCCUAAGCCAGCAAAAUGCGAAAUCUGUGUUCUGGCCCAGAAUGGCACAAGGGAGGAGUCUUUUCAGAGUUCCAUGCCACCCCGCAGCUUACUGCGGCCUUCGCCUGUUCUGUCUAGGAUUGCCAGCUGGGGCUCCAAGUGAGGAGCAAACGUAUUUUAUGAGCCAUGUUCCUGCGGAAACCUGAUGGGCCAGGCCCUCUGUGGCUUUGAAAGCCCCUAAGCUAUUGACAUCCUGGGCCUGGGCCUUCUUGUCUGACUCAACAGCAAGAAACAUAAACUUGCCAAAAUUGGCAAUAGGUGUCCUUGACACAGGGACUUGUGAUGGCAUUGCCCAGAAAAUGCUGGAACCAGAACUGGUCAGAGACUUUGAAGGGCACAGCCUGGCAGGCAGGUCUCUGCCCACCCCACUACCCUGCAGCAAACGCUUCUCUUUAACCUGACUUUUCCCUUCAGACCUCAGCCUACAACCAUCCUCUUCAUGCCAGGAACCGACUGCUUCUCAGCCUCGGCUUAGGGUUUUGAGUUCACCAGAAGGGAUCAGGGGUUUGCGUUAAUAUAAGGAAUCUUCCCAGAGGGAGUUGCCCUUCAUUCAUCCACAAGAGUACAUUGAGUUCAUUUAGUUGUUGACCAGGUAAGAAAAGAAUAAAGGAGAACAAAUAUUAAAUAAUAUUUUCUAAUUAAUGCCUUACUACUGUUUUGAAGCUGAGCCGAAAUCAAAUCGAUGUUUACAUUUUCUAUCAAGUACAUAUGAGCUGUGGGAGUCUAGCAUAUUCUUGUCCAAAAGAGAGAGACUUUCAAAUUAAUUCGUAUUCCUCCUGGUUCCCUCCACCUAUUCUGGAGGUCUGCAUGUGGCGUUGUAUGCUGUUUUCCAAGGUACCUCAUUAAAAAAAAAAAAAAAAAA